AUGACCUUGUUCCAAAAGCCUGCAAGCUUUUGUAAUAAUAACUCACUGCGAUUUGGAAUUCUUAAGGUAUACGCUCUAUCAAGAGACAAAGGCAUUCCAUUUUCAUCUGUAUGGCGAAACAUGCACCCAAAAUACAAAGUUCCAGCCAAUGCAGUGUGGCUUUGUGCUGCCAUCUGCAUCCUUCUUGGACUUCCAAUCUUGAAAGUCAAUGUAGCCUUCACUGCUAUAACUUCCAUAUGCACGAUCGGAUGGGUAGGUGGCUAUGCAGUUCCAAUCUUCGCAAGGCUGAUAAUGUCUGAUGAAUACUUCAAGGCUGGACCUUUUUAUAUGGGGAAAGCAAGAAGGCCAAUUUGCUUGGUGGCCGUCCUAUGGAUUUCUUAUACCUGCUCUGUCUUCCUUUUGCCAACUUACUAUCCAGUCUCCUGGGAUACAUUCAAUUAUGCACCUGUUGCUGUUGGUGUUGGAUUGGGUCUGAUAAUGCUUUGGUGGGUCUUGGAUGCAAGGAAAUGGUUCAAAGGGACCAGUUAG